AAUGUGAUUAAAGAUUAUGUUGUAAUGCAUUCUUCCCAUAUGUUGGAGAACUUGCAACUACAAGAGUGUAUUGGGAGCGGUUCUUUUGGAGAAGUUUACAAAGCGUUGAACUUGAGAACCAAACAACUUUUAGCUGUGAAAGUGAUUGACUUGGAAGACGCAGAAGGUGACCUCGAGGAGGUUCGUCGAGAAACUAGAAUUCUUGCACAAUUGAGAAACCCAUAUAUUGUGACUUAUUACUCUUCAUUGGUGUUUGAAACUACUUUAUGGAUCAUAAUGGAAUACUUAGAGGGGGGCUCGUUGAGAGACCUUUUGGACUGUAGACGACAACCUUUCAAGGAAUCCAUAAUCGCUCGUUUUAUUCAAAACAUUCUUCAAGGUCUAAAAUAUUUGCAUAUGGAAAAGAGAAUUCACCGAGACAUCAAAGCGGCUAAUGUUUUGCUUUCCAAGAGUGGAGUUGCCAAAUUGGUUGAUUUUGGGGUUUCACAACAGUUGAGUAAGACGAUGCAGAGACGCAAUACAUUUGUUGGUACUCCGUACUGGAUGGCGCCUGAAGUAAUAGCCGCGUCCUAUUAUGAUGAGAAGGCAGAUAUAUGGUCAUUAGGAAUCACUAUUUUGGAGUUGGCUUGUGGAAAACCGCCUUGGUUUCAAGUACAUCCUAUGAAAGCGCUUUUUCUGAUAUCAGAAGAAGACCCUCCAAUCCUCAAAGGGAAUUUCUCUUCGGAUUUGAAAGAUUUUGUGAGCCAUUGCUUACACAAGGAACCUGAAGAGCGCUGGGAUGCUAUACGCUUAUUAAAGCAUCCUUUUUUGAAGGCAGCCGCAGACUAUAAUGAAAUUUCAGAGUUAUUACAAGGUAUAAAGAAACCUGGUAAACCAGUGAGGAAGUCAGUUCGUUCGGGAAAGAGUUUUUUGAAAGAGAAAGUGAUGAUGAAGAAAAUAGAAACUUUCCAUUGGACCUUUGGUAGAGUAUUGAAAGUUCAAAAGAAUGACAACCUCGUUUCUUGUACUGUUCGUCUUUCGACAGGAAGCCAGAGAGAAUUUCAAUUGUACUCCAAAGAGAAAGAAGAGAGCAGCAGUGUUCUUAAAAAUCAAGAAGGUUCUUUGUGCAAGAUUAUUAGAAAUGGUAUGGCUUUGGAUAGUUUGCAGUUUGAUAAUGGUACUGUUUUAAGAAUAGUAUCAUCCAAGCUGGAUACUCCUCCUAAUAACACUGUCAUACGUUAUCGAUCUGCGGACACGAGUGGAACAGAAACUGUCAUUAGAAAGUCUCCUACUAAUUCAGCAACCAAUAGCAACGCAACGGAGCGAAGGAAUCCACAAAAGUCCCCAAGAAAGAACCUGCUUUCUCUCUUUGGACAUCAGCGGUCUUUGAGUGAUCCUGUGACAAGUACAGGAACAGUCAUUACUUCAACCAAAGACUCUCAAGUGGAUAGAAAUCCUUCAGAAUCUCCUCAUUCAGAGGAUUUCAAGUAUUUGACUAGACAUCCUUUUCUUCCUUCUUGGAGUGUUGAAAAAGAAGAGCUGUCGAACAAGGCCCAAGAACAUGAAUAUACAAAGACAGUUGUGGAUUUGCCUCAAGAAUCUUCUACAGUAAAGAAGAACAGCAAUUUAGGAAUAUCGAAGAAUUCGCGACAGUGCGAUACGGAUGAUACGAUUACAUUGACGAGUGAAACCAACCAUAAUUGGGAGGAACAGACUACUUUAUCUACGAUGAAAAAGGCCACGAUUGAGAACAAUCAUACAAAGGACAUAGUUAUAUAUCGACAGAAUAACGAUACUGAUACAGUAGUCUAUCGAAAGGACUCUAUUCAACCUUUUAAGCAAGGACAUGUGAAAGUUUUCUCCUCUGAGAACUUUUCCUGUUUUGAUGAUACGAUGAGUAUGGAUCGUAUGUGGGUAAGAAAGGGAUUCAGUGACCCUUAUAUAGAAUUUGCAAGUCGUGACUAUUCACAAACAGUUUCGGAAACUGUACUUCCAAAGAGAGUCAAGUCUUUGGUUGUUGAUGAUGAUGAUGGCGAUGAAUCAUCCUAUGCAAUAGAGUCGAAGGCAGAUCCCCCCGUUACUGCAGUUGAAACGAUGCAACAAGACGUUGGAGACUUGGAGGACCCCACAAGAGAAAAUCCUUCUAAUGGUGAACAUAGUCAACCUAAUAGUACAUUAUUUUCAUUGUCAUCCACCUUGCAAGAUGCUCAUCCCAUUCUUGUAAAAAUUAUUGUACCAGCCAUUCGUCAAUUGGAAGCAGAUGCAUCAACUUUAGAUGACAACGAUAUGCAAGAAAUCAAGCUUUUAUCUGAUUUGGCUUCUACUAUGUUUCAGUUGGAUGAAAUACGACCAGGUGUUUUGUUUAUAUUGUUUCGUCAGAUCUUCAAAGAAUUUGCUUCAUGUGAGGACGAAGGUCUACGGAGUUUGUUUUAUUCAUUCUUAGAAAGAAAGCAUUUCCCUAUGUAGUCUUAUGUUGUGUACAGAUGAAUGUAUAAAACUGAGCCAAUUGGAUACACGAAAUAAAUAAUAUUAUAUAUGAAUGUAAAUUGGGCGCUUGCAAGUAUAAUAGGUCGAUAAAACGUUUAUUAUUCUAACCAAAGCUUCCCUAUUUUGACUCACAAAAGAUAGUUUUCACAAGAACGAGGCCUAAGCUAGUUGAAACCAACUCUAGGAGAAAGCCCGACUUGACGUCAAAGUGAACAGCUCAAGGCAUUAUCAACCUGAAGAAACAGAUACGGAACUUAACGGUCCUGAGGAAGAGACACGUUUAUGCGGACUAGAGCAAUGGUGGGGGGCUCGAAGACAUGGACACUCCUAUGGAAAAAAAU